CCCCUCAUCAACAAGCUAGUCUCUCAUCCACAUUGCUACUGUGUCAAUAGGAAAAACGUGUCUUUCCACAAGGGUACUAUACAACUGCAUUUGUCACCAUGGGGAAGAAGGAUUUGAUCACAAGGCUGAACGAAGGAGUGGUUAUUGGAGAUGGUGGUUUUGUGUUUGCACUUGAAAAACGCGGGUAUAUCAUGGCGGGUCCCUGGACACCAGAGUGCAAUGUGGAGAACCCUGAAGCAGUGAAACAACUCCACAGGGAAUUUCUGAGGGCUGGCUCAGAUGUGCUCCAGGCUCUCACUUUCUAUGCUUCUGAUGACAAGCUGAAGAACAGGGGGAAUGAAGCUGGUAUAAAAUUCACUACACAAAUGGUGAACAAGGCAGCUUGUGACAUAGUGAAAGAGGUGGCAUCUGAAGGAGAUGCUCUGGUGGCUGGUGGAGUUUCUCAAACCCCAUCUUUCCUCAGUGGGGCCCAAAAGGAUGCUGUCAAGCAGGAAUUCCGCAAUCAGGUUGAAGUCUUUGUUGCCAAUGGCAUGGAUUUCCUCAUUGCUGAGUAUUUUGAGCAUGUGGCAGAGAUAGAGUUGGCUAUUCAAGUGCUCAAGGAAACCAAGUUGCCAGUGAUGGCAACCAUGUGCAUUGGACCCACAGGGGACUUGCAUGGGGUGUCAGCUGGGGAAUGUGCUGUGAGAAUGGGCAGAGCAGGGGCUGAUGUGGUUGGUGUGAAUUGCCAUUUUGACCCUAGCACUGCCCUGGAGACCCUGAGGCUGAUGAAGACAGCUUUGGUGGCUGCUGGACUCACCAAAGUGCACUUGGCCAGUCAGCCUCUGGCCUACCAUACCCCUGAUGCUGGACCUCAGGGAUUUAUUGACCUGCCUGAAUUCCCUUUUGCUCUGGAGCCAAGAAUCCUUUCCAGGUAUGACAUGCACAAGUAUGCCAGAGAGGCCUAUGACUUGGGAGUCAGGUACAUUGGAGGCUGUUGUGGCUUUGAGCCCUACCACACUAGGGCCAUUGCUGAGGAACUGGCUGAUGUCAGAGGCAGGGGACCACCAGGCAAAAAGCACCUGCCCUGGGGGGCUGGAUUGGCCAUGCACACCAAGCCCUGGGUCAGGGCAAGAGCAAAUAAGGAAUACUGGGUGAACCUGCAGCCAGCUUCAGGGAGGCCAUUUUCUGCAGCCUAUGCCAAACCUGACAGUUGGGGUGUGACUGCAGGCAAUGAAUUACUCAUGCAACAUGCCCAUGAGACCACCAAGGAAGAACAAGCACAGGUCUGGCAUUUAUCUGCACCAAAAACACUCUUAUUAAGAAAAUUGCAAUUUGGUGUGAAUUGCCAUUUUGACCCUAGCACUGCCCUGGAGACCCUGAGGCUGAUGAAGACAGCUUUGGUGGCUGCUGGACUCACCAAAGUGCACUUGGCCAGUCAGCCUCUGGCCUACCAUACCCCUGAUGCUGGACCUCAGGGAUUUAUUGACCUGCCUGAAUUCCCUUUUGCUCUGGAGCCAAGAAUCCUUUCCAGGUAUGACAUGCACAAGUAUGCCAGGGAGGCCUAUGACUUGGGAGUCAGGUACAUUGGAGGCUGUUGUGGCUUUGAGCCCUACCACACUAGGGCCAUUGCUGAGGAACUGGCUGAUGUCAGAGGCAGGGGACCACCAGGCAAAAAGCACCUGCCCUGGGGGGCUGGAUUGGCCAUGCACACCAAGCCCUGGGUCAGGGCAAGAGCAAAUAAGGAAUACUGGGUGAACCUGCAGCCAGCUUCAGGGAGGCCAUUUUCUGCAGCCUAUGCCAAACCUGACAGUUGGGGUGUGACUGCAGGCAAUGAAUUACUCAUGCAACAUGCCCAUGAGACCACCAAGGAAGAACAAGCACAGGGUGCUGGAGAGAGUGUGAGAACAGCUGGGGCCAGGAGGAUAAUCAAGUCCCACAUUGACAGGGACAAGGUGGCCAAGAAAUUCAACAAAGUGAGCCCAGAGGACAUGGGCACCAGCAUGUGCCACAUGUGUGGCAAACAAGUUUUCCAGAUGGAACAGGUCAAGGCUGAAAGAGCAGUCUGGCACAGGAGUUGCUUCAGAUGCAAGGAAUGCCAAAAACAGCUCAAUGUUGACACCUACCAGAGUCAUGAAGGUGAACUUUACUGCAAGCCACACUUCAAGCAACUCUUCCAGCCAAAAGUUGUGUUGGAUGAACCUGAACCAACACCCCAGAGGAGACUUCACAGGAAAAAUGAGAUGAUCAUUUGUGAAAGUCAGCCAGUGGCUUUGCCUGAUGAUGUUGUGAGGUGCAGUGACAAGCCUGACUAUGGACUUGAAGAACUGACACAAACUGCUGAUGUCAGGUCCAAGUUCAAAGCCUUUGAAAGCAUGUCAAUUAGUCAGGAUCAUGAGAAAACAGAGGUCUCAUCAGUGUCUGUGAAAAGGUCUGCCAGCAUUCUCAAGCAAAUUGCAAGGUUCCAGGAUGGGGAAGAAGAUUUAGAAGGAAGUGAAGAAGAGUCAGGAUUGGAAGAAGAGGAUGAAGAAGGAGAAGAAGAGGGAGACCCAGAGCAGAAUGGUGUCAACAAGAGAGAAACCAGAAAGAAAAAGGAAAUCAUGCUGGAAGACCAACAACAACAAAAGUCUGACCAAGUGAAUGACAUGAAGAGCAAGUGGGAAGGGACCAAAAUGGGAAGGAAGGAAAUAUGUGCAGAAAAGAGAAGAGAGGAACAAAUUAGAGUCAGGCAACUCAUGCUGAGGGGAAAGAAUGAAAGCACCAAAGCCAUGUACCAGUCCCUGAUUGAGCAGCAAACAGAGACUCAGAACAAGAGGAGCAGUGUUGUCAUUGAUCUGGAAACUAGUGCCAAGUUGUUGAAGGACAGAUUUGAAAAGGGUGAAGCCCUUGAAAACCUUGAGGACAAAGACAAAGCAGUACUUGACCUGGAAAUCUUCACUGCUGCUGACACUGCAAAAGGAGCAAGAAAUUUGUUCAGAAAAAUUGAUGAGACUGUUGGCAAAUCCUCAGACCAAAUGACAAGUCUCAGCAGGUCCAAAUCCAAUGCUGAAAAACGUUGGAGUGUCUCUAUAAAUGGAAAUGUUCCCAAGCCGGAUGCUGAAAUUGUGAGAUCAUCAGACAUUCCUGCAGAAUCUGGUCAAAUUGCUGUUGACACUCAUGACAUUGCCUCAAGGUUCAAGUUCUUUGAAACUUACAAAGAGCCUGAGAAACAACGUCGUGAAUUCCGCUUCACACCACCCAGAGAAGGACAACUUCUUGAGGAUGAGAAUGAGCAACCUGAGCCAGAGCAGCCAGUCAAUGAACAACCUGUAAAUAUUGCCAGAUCAGACACUGCCAGGAAAAUGCUGUCCAAGUUCAGGGAACUGGAAGAAAAGUCCAUCAAGGAGCAAGAAUAUGAAAGUGGAUCAAAGCCAGCUCUGAAAAGAUUCACACCUCCACCAGAGGGAUUCAUUGAUGAAGAGGAGUACUCAGACUAUUCAGGCAGUGAAUAUGAUGAUGAGGAAGGAUCAUCUGGAGAAGACUAUGAGGAUGAGGAGGAAUGUGAGGAUGAAGCCCUGAGGGAGGCCAUGAGAGCAAGAAGAGCCCAAAGUCUGCGUGAAAAGUUUGAACAAUGGGAUGAUGUGGCCAGAAAGAAUCAGAUGAACACAGUCUUGUUGCAAGAGUCUGAGACCCUUCCAUCUCUGGACACCACCAAGAACCUGAGAGCCAAGUUUGAGUCCCUACAUGUCAGUGAUCAAAAGCCAAGAGACAGACCAAAAACCAAAGUCAACCGCUUUGUGUGAAACCACAAAAUGAAGGGUUAAAGAGCUUGGACCAAACCCAUCACAAGGUUUAGCAACAUUCACUUUCAAGUCCACUGAUGAUGGAAGAAAAAGACUUCAUGCAGCAGUCAUGCACAGAAUUUCAUUCAAAGGCAGAAACUCACUGACAAAGCUUUUUUAUUUUCUUUUUGUUUUCCUUCCGCUUUGUUCUGUUGCUCAAUCAUUGUUCAAAGCUAUCUUUUGUACAGCUGACACUGCAGGAGGUUCUGGCUUAACCCAUUGAGUGUUGCUAGUGUUUAAUAUUAAUUUUUGAGUCACUUUGGUGCUGUUCAUAUGCAUUUAUGAAUAAGAAACACUUGAUUGGAGACAAGGGAUGAUAUAUGCAAACAUGCAUACAACAGUAUCAAGACUGUUGAGGGGUGGAAGGAGUACCAAUGAAAUUGCAAUAAAAUGACUUACCUAUGUUGAAAAAACAAAAGUUAAAACCCCUCAGUUAUGACUUUGGCCUUUUGUUUAUGUUAUUGAGAAUAAAGAACAAGGUGCACAAGGAAUAAAUGACAACAGA